AUGUUAAUUUAUGUAUUGUAUACCAUUGAUAAUGUGAAAGCAAAGAUUCAGGAUAAGGAGGGCAUUCCUCCAGACCAGCAGAGGCUCAUAUUUGCUGCUGGGAAGCAGCUGGAGGAUGGGAGGACUCUUCCAGAUUUCAACAUUCAGAAGGAGUCCACCCUUUCACCUUGUACUCCGUCUGUACGGUGGUGUCGGAAUUUGAGUGAUGCUUUUGCAGUCAUCCUGGUCUGA